AUGCCCUUCAUCCACUCCAGCCUGGAUGGUACGCCUUUACACUACGUUGACUACAAGCCAACCUCAAGUUGCACUCGUCUUCAGCCAACAGACAGUCCAGCAAAGGAUUGCAGUAACAGCGACAAAACGCUAGUCUUCAUCCAUGGGUGGCCAAUGUCCCAUCAGAUGUACGAGCACUUGAUGGUGAAAUUGUGCGAGACCCACAAAAUCCGGUGUAUUGCAUCCGACCGAAGAGGCUUUGGUAAAAGCGAAUGGAACUCUAGCCACAGCAGGGAUAUCACUUACGAUACCUUUGCUCAAGAUACCAUUGACUUGAUCGAUCAUGUAAAAGUCGGGAAGUUCGUCUUUGUUGCGAGCAGCAUGGGGUGUGGUGAAUCUCUCUUAGCAUACCUCCAGAUGCGAGAUGACCUCCAGAAAAAAUGCCGGGGCUUGAUAUGGCUGGGUCCUAGUCUUCCAUUUCCACUGAAGACAGAUUCGAACCCUCUGGCGCCGCCUCGAGAGUUAUGGGACAUGAUCUUGGCGGGGUUCCGCCAGGAUCGUACGGGCUUCACCAGGACCGCACUCCCAGGCGUGUUUGGCAUUCCUUUCAACAUUGGAAUCGAAGUGCCCGAAACAGUUUUGCAACGGUUCGAGUGGAUGAUCGCACAGGCUGACGCUCUUGCGAUUGAGAGCUGUAUCCAAGUCAUCACAAACAGAGAUUUCACCGACGAUCUCAAGAAACUGGGCGGAAAAGACGUGAAAGUUCUCGUUAUUCACGGAGAUAACGACCAGAGUAAUCCUGCCGAAGCCACCGCGAACCUCAUUCCGAACCUCGCAAAACAUGCCCAAAUCAAAAUCUACGAGAAGGCAGCACACGGGAUGUACCUCACACAUGCUGACCAAGUCGCCGAGGAUAUCCUCGCCUUCGUACUCGGACUUUGA